AUGUUGCUUAGGUAUAAAGUAAUUCACCACGUCGCUCCCCCUGCAGCAACGUGGUCGAGUACAUCUCCUAUAGAAGUAGCACAGAUGAGUACGUCUCCUGUUGGAGUAGAGUGGUCGAGUACAUCUCCCAUCGAAGCAGUGCGGAUGAGUACAUCUCAUGUAGGAGUAGCACAAUUGAGUACAUCUCCCACCACAAUUGAGCGGUUGAGCACUACCUCCUACCGUAGCAGCAAGGUAGAGCAUCGCUCCCCCACAAUAGCACGAUCGAGUACGUCUCCCUCCAGAGCAGUGCGGUCUAGUACCUCUCCCACAGAAGCAGCAUGGUCAAGUACCUCUCCCGCAGAAGUAGCAUUGCUCAGUACACCUCUUACUGGAGUAGCACAGUCGAGUACAUCUCCUGCUAAAGCAACGUGGUCGAAUACACCUCCAGCUGUAGUAGAGUAG